AUGAGAGGCGAGCGCGCAGAUGGUAGCCGUUGGAGAAAGGGAGGGAAGGGAGACGCGCGCCCGGGAUUUGAACCUCCCAUGCAGGUGGGUAAACAACCCUCGCGAAUCAAUUGCCAAACAGACGCGUCGCGGUGUGCUGAUCCCAAUCCGAUCACACACCCCGAUUCCGUCCACGGCACGCCCCCCGCACGGGCCAGUCACAGCGGACAAGCCGGUGCAGCACUCUGCGCCGCUCCAUCCGCUGUCAACCGCCCACUAGGGUAUACACCCCGCCAUCGACGAAGAAGGGCCCUGCAAGUUGAGGGCGGGCCACGCGCCGAUCCCCCAUCUCCGCCUCGCCGAUUUGCCGCUCGUCAGUCCGUCCGCACAAGCCAGCCCCAGCAGUCAGGUCAAAUGAAAGCCCAGAACAGACCUGCUAGCCGUGAUUGGCCCGCAGGUCGGCAAAGGCUAUGUCCGCCAUGGAGACGACAUAUCGCUGCCCGACCAAAGAACAAGGACUGUCCCAAUAAGGCAGGGCCCCCCGAACCCGCGUUCAUCGACGCGAUUUCCACUUUGUUUGCUUGUUUUUGCUGCCGCUGGCGUUUCUGGGGUAUCGGCGGCAUAGGGAGGAGCGUGUUGAACCCUUCUAGCGCAAAGCUAGUUGGGUUCCCUCGAUUCGUCCUCAAUGCGCACGACAAUGGUGAGCCUGACCCCACGAUGAACAGCGUUCUCAUGACAUCCGCUGCCUUGCGGCAUACAUCUCACUGCCAGUCCGUCAACCUCGUGACGCGUACUGAGAGACACUCACCUGCCUUUGAGAGCCCACAGGCACAAAGUAGCAGACCUCAAUUCUUCACGGAUCAAAUCAGACCAGUCGGGGACUGCGCGGAUCUGUGUGCUCUCGACGCGAUGAAGGGCCUUGUCCUCGACAGCGAGACCAGCGCGAAGAUUAACAGCAUGUCCACCUUCCAACGCAGCCACGUCGGAGUAAGACGAUAUACGGCCGGUAUGUCAUCAGACAUGAUUCCCACCGACAUUCUCGCUGAGCUGCCAACACGAGGCGUCACGUCUGUCCGCGAAACGUCGUUAUGUUGGUCAUCCAGCCCAGCGACGAGACAAGUAAUAAACUUGUCUCUACAACACGAGCUGGCGUGUUAUAACGCAUGCGGUGAACAUUUCAUAAACCUGGUCUUUACGAUCCCGAGAGCCUCAGUCUGGGGAAGCCGGCGCGCAGCAAGCGCAGAGGUGUAUGACGGAACGACCA